AUGGAUAGCUUCGUCAACUUCGUGAAGGAGAAGUGCGGGCCGCUUUUCCCAAACCAAGGCGUCUUCCUGGAUUUGGGCAGCGGCGUCGGGAAGAACUGCUUAGCGGCAGCACUGCUCCAUCCCUUCCAGAAGAUCAUUGGCGUCGAAGCGCUUCAGAGCCUUAACGACGUGGAGACGGCAGUGCAGGCGAAGUUUGCAGAGGUAGAACUUCCCGAGGGCAUGACCAAGCCAGAGCUGAGCUUCGUGAAGGGCGACUUCGUAGCAGAGUUCGACUCGGUCUUGGAGACCAUUGCGCCUGAGGUGACAUUUGCUGUGGUGGUUGCCACCACUUUUGGAGACCCGGAGAUGCAAGCAGUGGCCAAGCUCGCGCAGAAGAUGCCGGAAGGCGCGUCUCUCGUCACAGUGACACAGAAGUUGGAGGACUCUCUUGUCGUUGACGUGAACCGGGAGCCGCGGAAGCGCCGGGCUCUGGCGACGAGAAAGGCGCUGGCGCAGCGCGGAGUGGAGCCAAAAGGCAUUGAGAUAGAGCUGGAACCUGCUGAGAACGACCCGAACGGCUGGAGGUUAAAGCACUCGGACUCGGUGGAGCUGGAAUGGGGCACUACAUCCUGUUACUUGUACAAGAAGUACACCUACCCCUUCUGCGACGUGGGUGACAUCUGCAUGGCUGCGCCACUUCCUGAAGUUGAGGACCAGACCGUGGCUCCAGCCUACUACGUCGGACCUACAACUGUCAGGUAUAUGGAUGACCUGGCCGAGAAGGCCGUUGAGGUCAGCAAGGUCUACCCGUUCUGCGAGGAGAGCCGAAAGAAGGCGGUAAAGCUGUAUCUUCAGAAGGUGGAGGCAGAGAAAGCCAAGGCUGCCCAGGGCGACGAACUUGUGGCCCAAGCAGUGGCCAAAAUUAGGGAGGAGAAGGAGACCUUUGCGCAAGAUGGCAAGGUGCCCUACAAGCUGGACGAGGGAUCUGACACGCUGGCAAUGCUGUCGAAUCUGAUGUCCGCGUACGGCCUGCCGGAAGACGAGAAGGUCAACAACUUGGUGGGAGAGCGGUGGAUUGCGGGCUGUGAGGAGCUGGAUCCCGACACCACAGGCACAAUCGCCGAAGACCAGCUUGUGUCAGCUUGGCAGAAGGUGAAGGCUGCGCUGGUUGGCGUGGUUGAAGGCAAACUCGAAGAGCUUCGCAGUUAA